ACAAAGUGUGCUGCUAUUAUUGCUGAAAGAGAGUCCAAACAAAGCCAUGGCGGAGAAUGAGGAACAGGGAAAGCUUGUGGAGAGGAGAGGGAGAUUAACUGUGGUGCUGGUGUUGGCGACACUCAUAUCUGCAUUUGGCUCAUCAUUCCAGUAUGGUUACAAUGUGGCUGUGGUCAACUCUCCAUCACCGUUCAUGCAGCACUUCUAUAACACCACCUACAUGGAGCGUUACGGCCGACCGAUGGAGGAGAACUUCCUAACUCUGCUGUGGUCUCUCUCUGUGUCCAUGUACCCGCUAGGAGGCUUCUUCGGCUCUCUGAUGGUGGCCCCUCUGGUCAACAAACUGGGGAGGAAGGGCACCCUCCUCUUCAACAACAUCUUCUCCAUCGUCCCUGCUGUGAUGAUGGGAGUCAGCGAGAUUGCCAAGUCCUAUGAGAUCAUCAUUGUGGCGAGGUUUAUAGUGGGCAUCUGUGCAGGUCUCUCAUCCAACGUGGUGCCCAUGUAUCUGGGAGAACUCUCUCCCAAAAACCUGAGAGGAGCCCUUGGCAUCAUACCGCAGCUCUUCAUCACCAUUGGCAUCCUCAGUGCACAGGUGCUGGGCAUCAGAAACAUACUGGGCAACAGCACAGGUUGGCCUCUCAUGCUGGGUUUGACUGGUAUCCCCGCCCUGAUAGAGCUCCUGCUGCUGCCCUUCUUCCCAGAGAGCCCCAGGUACAUGCUCAUCCAGAGAGGAGAUGAGAAGACGGCACGGAAAGCACUACAGCGUCUGCGUGGCUGGGACGACGUGGAUGCAGAGCUGUCAGAGAUGCAUCUUGAGGACCAGUCAGAGAGGGCCGAGGGCCGUCUGUCUGUGCUCAGCCUGCUGUCCCAGCGCUCCCUUCGCUGGCAGCUGGUCUCCAUAAUCGUCAUGAACAUGGGCCAGCAGCUGUCGGGGGUCAACGCGAUCUACUACUACGCAGAUAGCAUAUAUGCCACUGCUGGAGUCAAGCAGAAUGACAUCCAGUAUGUCACUGUGGGAACAGGUGCAGUGAAUGUCUUCAUGACCAUAGCUGCUGUCUUCAUCGUAGAGGCUUCAGGGCGACGGCUGCUCCUCCUUUGUGGUUUUGGGAUCUGCUGUGGAGCCUGUGUGCUGCUCACUGUUGCCCUCAAUCUCCAGGAGAGCGUGACGUGGAUGCCCUACGUCAGCAUCACCUGUGUCAUCAUCUACGUCAUAGGACACGCCAUAGGACCCAGUCCCAUUCCUUAUGUGGUGACCACCGAGAUGUUCAGGCAGUCGGCCAGGCCGGCUGCCUUCAUGGUCGCAGGCUCCGUCCACUGGCUCUCCAACUUCACUGUUGGCCUCAUCUUCCCCUUCCUAGAGAGCGGUCUGGGCCCCUUCAGUUUUAUCAUCUUUUCCUUCAUCUGUCUGGUCACGCUCAUCUACAUCUGGCUGGUGGUCCCAGAGACCAAGAGUAAGACCUUCCUGGAGAUCUGCCAGAUGUUUGCCAAGAGAAACAAAGUGGAGAUCAAACUGGGUGAUGGGGAUCUGCCACUGAAAGAGCACAAAGAAAGCCUGGAGGAUGAAGUGAGGGUCACGGCCUUCUGAAGACAAAUGAGACCAUUCAGAGGAGAGGAAGUCUUCACUCUAGGGAGGAUUGUACUGCACUGAAAUGUCUUAAUUUAGUCUCCAUUUUCUACAAAGAAUCUUUACACAGACUCUUUUGAUAUUGUUUGUUUGUGGCCACAAAGCCAGCUAAAAAUACAAAGAGACUUGGGCCAAAUCCAAUUUAGUAUUAUUAUUACCCCUCAUUUUUGAGUGCCACCUUGCCCCUCGGAACAGAGUUAUAAAGGGCAGUGGUUGAAAUCUUUCCCUGUGAAAUGUGACCACCCUUGAAGACCCUGAUUUUAAUUUUGUAUUUAUUUAACCUUUAUUUAACCAGGAAUUCCCAUUGAGAUUGAAAAUCUCUUUCACAAGAGAGGCCUGGCCAAGAUAGCAGCCAAUUAAAACACUUUUAAAAUGCAACAAAUACGAUAUAUAAUACAAAAAUCCACAAAUGACAAUUAUUCAAAUAUUCUCAAGAAAAACAAGCACAUAUCUCUAUCACCACAUUCUUUAUGAUGCCCUUAAAUUCAUUGAUGGAUUUAAGUGUUUCUAAUUUUAGAUUGUCCAAGGUACACAGUAGGAUAAUACAGUUUUCCCCUGAUACGUCCGUUGUUGUCAGUGCUGGUUUUCACGUAAACAGAUGUGACAAGUGUUUCUGGACAUUGCAGAUACACCAUCUUCUGCUGUGGUGAUUUCUCUUGCGUGUUUGUGGUUAUCAGGGCACUCACGAUAGAGUGGUGCAAGAACUACAUUUAUUUGUAGGCCAGCCCAGAAGUUAGCUUCGCCAUAGCUCCCUUGACGAAAAUCCAAUGGGAUAUUUCCAUUGGAUUUUGGAGUACUGCAGAAAAUAAACCCUGUGGCAAAAAAAGAGAGUUUUCGAUUCUUAGGCCUACGUGUUUUGUUCAGCAAGAUCAUCUUUACAAAUAACCACAACUUUAAUUAUUUUUGAAGUUUAAAUGCAAUCUCCAUGAGUAAAAAGCUAAUGUUAGGCUAUAAACAAGCUACACUUUGGUAGCAAGACAUGAACGUCGCCAUCACAAUGAGGCUGUAAUGUCGUGUUUGGCGUGGUGAUGCUCUGUAGUCUUAUUUAACCACUUGUUAGUCACUGCCUUUUUAAAAGAGACUUUAAAGCUUUAAGAUUCACAAGUUGGGUAUUUACAGUACUGGUAUAUUUUAUGUCAUUGAACAAAACAUGAAAGCCUCUUAAGCUUGUGUUAACCACAGACUUUAUUUAUUUCGGGCAUCUCAAAACCUAUUCAAAAACCCAAUGACUUUAAGAUGAGGGAACUGGAGGAGCUAAAGUGUUAACUCAUUUACGGUUUUAGGAAUAAUUCCUGCAUCCCUCCAUUUGUUCACAACUUCAGUUUAUGCUAUCAAUCAGUCAAACAAGUCAUCAGAUUAAAAAUAACUGCUUCAUUAUCAGGCCUUUAGUGGUGCUCUGUAGGCUAAUGUUAGCAGCUCGUACUUCUACCCUGCCGGUCUGCACUAGAGAAGCGGUAACAAGCGCAGUAACAAUGCUGCUGGACUUUAGUUAAAUUUCAGGUGUCACAUGCCAUCAAUGGGGGCAAUGAGAUGUGGAAACAUGUCAAAAUGAAAGCCUGUCACGCAAAAAUCAACAAUAGCAAUGUAACGUUAGCUAGCUAGCAGGGUGGCCACCAAGACAUUAGCAUACUAGCUAUUUCUUUUGUCAUGCUUUUUAUAGUCCUAAAUAAGAGGCUAUGAUACAUUAAAAUGACAUUAAACUAAGUCUAAACUAAA